AUGGUACGAAGUCGUUCCAACUCCGUUAAGAAGGAUUUGAAGCGCAAAGUCGACGAGCCUGUCGACGUGCAAGACGAGUUCGAUGUCGAGGGACUCAUUGAUGAGGGCGACUCCGACGACGAGGAUGAAGCUGAGCAGGAAGUGGCACAAGAAAAUGUGACAAAGGACAAGAAGAACACCAGCAAGACUGAAAACGAAGAAGAUGCCGACGAUGAAAGUGACUCUGACGCCGAGCUUGAGGCACUCAUCGGUGAAGAGGAGGAUCUGUCUGGAAGCGAGCUGGAAGACGAGCUGGCUUACUUUUCUGAUGCUGGAGACGACGAGGUCGACCCCUCGAUUCUAAAGCAUUUGGAUGACGGAGUUCGUCUGCGAUCUCUGUCUCGAUCUUCCGACCAGACUGAUGAGCUCAAGGACGUGGUUGAAAUUGUGCCUGGAGCCGACGGCAAGCCUCGAAUGAUCAAGAAGGAAAUCCAUGCUGUCUACGACUCGGACGAUUCGGACCAGGAGGAAUCCAAUACCAUUGGAAACGUGCCCCUGUCUGCCUACGACCAGAUGCCUCACAUUGGAUAUGACAUCAACGGUAAGCGAAUCAUGCGACCCGCUACCGGUUCUGCUCUGGACAACCUACUGGAGACGAUUGAUUUGCCCGAGGGAUGGACCGGCCUGCUAGACAAGAGCACCGGAAAGGGUCUCAACAUUUCCAAGGAGGAACUGGAACUCAUCAAGCGGAUUCAGAAGAAUGAGACCACCGAUGACGCCUCCAAUCCCUACGAGGACCUGGUGGAGUGGUUCUCUUCCAAGACAGAGAUCAUGCCUCUGUCUGCUGCGCCCGAGCCCAAGAGACGAUUCAUUCCCUCCAAGCACGAGGCCAAGCGAGUCAUGAAGAUGGUGCAGGCCAUUAGACAGGGUAAACUGCUGACAAAGCCCAAGGAGGACCCUGACGCCCGACCCAACUACGACGUGUGGGCCGACAACCUCACGGACGUCCAGGACCACGUCAUGACUCUGCGAGCCCCCAAAAUGCCCCCUCCCACCCACGACGAGUCCUACAACCCCCCUGCCGAGUAUCUGCCCACCGAAGAGGAGAUUGCCGAGUGGAAUGCUCUUGCUCCUUCCGAGAGAGAGCGAAACUACGUGCCCAAGAAGUACACUGCUCUGCGACAUGUGCCCGGCUACUCCGAGUCUGUUCGAGAGCGUUUCGAGCGGUCUUUGGAUCUCUACCUGGCUCCUCGAGUGCGAAAGAACAAGCUCAACAUUGAUCCCGACUCUCUGAUUCCCGAUCUCCCCUCCCCCAAGGAUCUCAUGCCUUUCCCCAUCAGAUGUGCUACCACCUACAAGGGCCACAAGGGCAAGGUUCGAGCCAUCUCUGUGGAUCCCAGUGGAGAGUUCCUUGCCACUGGAGGCGACGACGGAACUCUUCGAGUUUGGGAAGUGCUCACUGGUCGAGAGCUGUACCGAUGUCGUCUGGUGGCGUCCAUUGAUGCUCAGGAUGACUCAGUCGAGUGUGUGCAGUGGAACCCCGCUGUCCCUGGCAUGCUGGCUGCCUCUGCUGGUGAGCAUAUUUUCCUGAUUGUGCCUCCCACGCUGUUUGACUUUGAUAUCGAGAACACCGGCCGAGAGAAGAUUGAGCAGGGAUGGGGUUUUGCCGAGGGAGGACGAGAGCAGCAGGAUAUCGAUACCAAGGGUCUGGAUGACGAUGCUGACUCCGACUCGGACGACGAGACCGGUCACGUCAAGAAGAAGAGCCCUCCUGCCAAGUGGAUCACCCCCACCGCCAAGCAGCAGGCCUCUGGUAUUGGAGCCAUCAUUACCGCCACCAAAACCAUCAAGCGACUCGCAUGGCACCGAAAGGGAGACUAUCUGGUCACUGUGGCCCCCUCGGCGCAGCACAGAGCCGUGGCCAUCCACCAGAUCUCUAAGCAUUCGUCACAGUCGCCUUUCAAUAAGUCCAAGGGUAUUGUGCAGGACGCCAUGUUCCAUCCCUUCCGACCUCAUCUGUACGUUGCCACCCAGCGAUACGUGCGUAUUUACGAUCUGGCCAAGCAGGUCAUGGCCAAGAAGCUUAUGCCCGGUGCUAGAUGGGUGUCUUCUCUGGACAUUCAUCCCCGUGGUGAUAACGUGAUCCUGUCGUCGUUCGACAAACGGCUUCUGUGGCACGAUCUCGACCUCAGUGAUAAGCCCUACAAGACCCUGCGAUACCACGAAAAGGCCGUGCGGCACGCAGCAUUCCACAAGGGUGGUCUGCCGUUGUUCUGCUCCGCUUCUGACGACGGUAAUAUUAACAUUUUCCACGGCACCGUCUACGACGACAUGAUGACCAACCCUCUGCUGGUGCCUCUCAAGGUGCUCAAGGGCCACGAUGUCAAGAGCGGUCUGGGUAUUCUGCGGGUUGAGUGGCAUCCCCGGGAGGCUUGGUUGUUUUCAGCCGCUGCUGACGGAACUGCAAAGCUGUGGACCACGUAA